AUGCAAUGGGGGCCCUUCUACGCACCGGCUAUCACCGAUAACCGCAGUCUGGUCCACCUCUCUGGCUCUUCUUGCACCAUCCGCCUCAUUACCUUCCUGAAAGGAGCUACUUCCACGAGUGUCGAUCCCCUUUAUUUUCUCCAAACUCUCUGGGGUAAUCAUAAUUUCCUCCUCUCCUUCUUCGCUGCCUCUAAUUCUUCGGCUGAAAUAUCUGGGCUCUGUUCUUAUUCCUCGACCUCCCCUUAUUUUUCAUUCCCGGUCGGCUAUCCCUAUCUCUCUCAAGUCUCGACCUGGGUGGGUGCAGGCAAUAGGGGUUCAUCAUUCGCUACCCUAGGCCAGCUCCUUUUGGGGCUUCCCUUGGGUGGAGUGGGGACUGGUCCUCUCGACCUCCUUGACUCUCCCCUUUCACUCUCAGCACACUUUUCAUUCGGACAGUUACUUCUCAAGUGUCCAACCUUUCCACAUUGCCAAAAGCUCCGCCAUUUACAGUUACUGAAAAAUGACCAGCCACAUCGCAUGUCCAGCACUUCAGAGAUCUUAUUUUUAUUGGGGCCACCCUGCCUCAUUUCUCUACAGGGGUCCCACUGUCGUUUUCCGAACGCUUAUUCUUCUCGGGCUUUUCUCUGCACCCUUCCAACCCCUGGAUCUUUGGACUCUUUGGUCUCUUUUGUUUAUUAUCCUUUCCCAGAUCCUCUCGCUAUUUUUAGCUACCUACAGGGCCCACCCUUCAGAGGUCACCUCUCACGUCAUCAUCACCGAUGGCGUCCAUGA